AUGGAGCCUUGUUUCUACCAUGCGACCUGCCGCGGGUACACUGUCCACGUGCUUCGCUGCCCAUCGCCUGGUUGUCCGGGGCGUGGCCGAGAAGGAACUCGACUUCCCCAGUCAUUUCUCUGCGCGGGUUGCUUAGCACGUGGCUGUCCCCAUUGUGGCCGAAGCGCGCAAGACCUCGACAUCCGCACCCAUUCCGAUAUCUUCAGCGCGGACGCGACCACGGAAUCUGGACUCGUGGCCCUUGUGAGGCCCGUUGCAGAUGAUGCAGCAACUUCCGUGGGCCCAGGGUGGGUGCCCAUACCUUUCGCCUCCUCCAGUGCGGAACCACAAGCCAACGAUGUUUACUUGUUUCUCUUAGACAUGAAGUUUACUUUGGUGGACUAUCGAUGGAACCGACAAGGGGAGCUGCACAACCUCAAAAUUCGUCCCAAGGCAGCUGCGCUGGUUGCAUUCCUGCUGGGGCAGCAAGAUCUGGGCCGAUGCCAGUUAGGAUUUUACACCACGUUGUCGGGAGAGAAUGCCGGCUUAGUGGCAAAAAGGUUGCUUGCGACUGCUGCUCCUCGCUCACAGUUCUCCUUCCAAGACAACGUGCUGGUGGAACAGGGUGGGCAUCGUCGGAUCUGGCUUUUCGACGAGAACUUUGGCGAGCCGAACCCUGCCUAUCGACACCAUUCCUCGAAGACCCACAUGCACAUGAAGAAUCUCGAGCUGGCCUUAUCCGAAUCUGAGACCUUGGGGAGAAAGUUUCACAGAGCAUCACUGGUACAUGUUACAUGCGUCGGGGUCGAGGCUGGCAAACACGUGGACGAAGCCAGUUUUCAGAACCUUCUCUUUGUCGCAGCUUGGUGCGGAGAUCAUAGAGACUACGAGCUGCAGGUUGUGACCAGCUACCUUACACACCUGCUGAUCCGUCGGCCGUCGUACGUGCAGACACACCUGCAAGCAUACAGCUUGGACGACUUUCGUGACAUGUUAGACUGGGAAGUAAUCAUGUGA